AGCGCUAAAGCUAGUGAGGCUAGCUGCUGAUCAUUUAGUUGCUGUCAGCGAGCCGGCACCACACAAGUUCUCGCCAGUGAGAGCUCCCAUUGUAGUAGCGUACACACCAGCUAGUAUUUGUAGUUAGCUAUCAGCGCAAGAGCAGCUCGAUCCCUUUCCAGUUCCUUUCCCAUCCAGACACAGCUAGCGAGCUAGGGUUUACACAGUGAUUAUCGAUCCAUCACCGGCCACCCGCUUCCUCGAUCUCCCACCUGGCCGGUCCAAUUCCGGCGUGCGCCGCCGAGGCAAUUGGCCGGGCUUUCCUUAGCCAGCGAGAUCGACGGCUUACCUCAGCUCCACCCAGUGCUAAUUUUGAAGCGACCUACGGGAAGAAGCUUGCUCGGCCGGCCAACACUUGCUCCAUCAUGGUUGUGUGACGAUGAGCGCCUGAGAUGAUAAGCGGCAAACGUGGAAACGACGAGGAGCUGCAGCAGGCCAGCAGCCGCCGGAAAAUCGAGCACCCGGCGGCAGCCAAGGCGCUGCAGGCCGCGGCGAGCUCGCGGCACUGGUCGGCGUCGACGGAGUCGCGGAUCGUGCGCGUGUCGCGGGUGUUCGGUGGAAAGGACCGGCACAGCAAGGUGAGGACCGUCAAGGGCCUCCGCGACCGCCGGGUGCGCCUCUCCGUGCCGACGGCCAUCCAGCUCUACGACCUCCAGGAUCGCCUCGGCCUCAACCAGCCCAGCAAGGUCGUAGACUGGCUGCUCAACGUCGCCCAGCACGAGAUCGACAAGCUACCGCCGCUCCACUUCCCGCCGAACGAUGACGACCUCUUCUCCGGACACCACCUGCAGCCGCCCUCCUCGAUGGCCAUGGCCAUGGUGCCGCCGUUCUCACACGCCACCUCGAACGCGGCAUCCAUGCUUGUCGACAAGGCGGCGGUGGACCACUGCGACGACGGCGACCUCAAGGGGUUCAUGAGCCUGAGCCACUCGCUCGGCCUUGUCAACGGCGCCUCCAUGCCGUCGUUGGCUACCCAUGCCAGCCCAUACCACAAUCACCACUUCGCCGCUCAUGAGGCCUGGAGCAAUGGCGGCGAUGUGCACGACAUGGGCGGCCAUCGCGCUUCGCAUCAUCAGGUGGCGGCGGCUCACCACCACACGCCGUUCCCGUCGCUGCUGUCGUUGGCCCCGAUGUCCCAGUUUGUCUUCUACUCGCCGGAGGGAGGGUUCGCCAUGAAAGAUGGUUCCGAUGAUCAGUUCCCCGUAGAUAACCUUGACGACUCGCAAGGUCAACUCUCGCUGAGCUCAGCGAGAAGCUUCCUUCACUCGUGAAGCCAGGGUUGAUUGGUACUACGUACAUCAUGAAAUGGAUAUGAUCUAGCUGCUCAAAGAAGGUACGUGUAGAUUAAUAAACAAAUAAUGCUCCUGGAGCAAUAUUUUACUGUUUUUUAGGCAAGUAAUGGUGCGGUUUAAGAUUUCAGAGGGAACUGUUUUGGAUGUAUUGGAGUAUAUGUUGAAGUUAAGGUUUUUGCACCCCCCCCUCUCAUGUGCAAUGCAAUUCGUUGCUUCUUUUUUAUACAAGAAGUAACCGUUGAUUGUCUUUUGUAAGAAUUAUUUAAUAAGUUGUUUGGGGAGAUUUUCUGCUUAAUAAAUUUGGUUUCUUUUCUAA